AUGUCUCAAGAAUUCGAUAUCAAGCCCGAGCUCGGCCUCGCCGUCGGCCGAUUCCUGUAUUCCCAAUUCUUCCGCACGCCGCCGCCUCCAUCCCAGUCAUUCGCCAACCAGACGGUCAUCGUGACGGGGUCCAACGUCGGCCUGGGCUUCGAAGCCGCCCGUCACUUCUACCGACUCAACUGCGCCCAGCUGAUUCUGGCCGUGCGCAGCGUGUCCAAAGGCGAAACGGCCAAAGAGGACAUUGUGCGCAGCGUCAAACAUCGCACCGACGCCGACGCCAUCCAAGUCUGGCCCUUGGACCUGUCCAGCACCGAAUCGACGCUGGCGUUCGCGGACCGCGUCAAGACCGAACUACCGCGCGUGGACGUUGUGGUCGAGAACGCCGGCAUCAACAACACCACAUGGGUCGCUGUCGAGAAUGGCUGGGAGCAGACCAUCCAGGUCAAUGUCAUCAACACCCUCCUGCUCGCCCUGGCACUGCUGCCUAAGCUGGCACAGACGAAGUCCGAGUUUCCUGAUUCAAUCCCGCAUCUGGCCAUCGUCAGUUCUGAGGUCCAUCACUUCACGAAGUUCGUCGAAGCCAAUGCUCCGGAUAUCUACGCCCGGUUAAACGACGAGAAGGCCUUCAACGGCGGCGAUAGAUACAACGUCAGCAAACUCCUCGAGGUCCUUUUUGUGCGAGAACUUGUCGCCCGCCUCAACACCGCUGCUACCAACCACUCAACCUCGACCUCUGCCCCGACCACUUCCACUUCCACUUCCCCCGUCGUCAUCACUCUAGUCAACCCAGGCCUAUGCGUCUCCCAGCUCGACCGCGACCUGCCUCGCCCGCUGCAGCUGGUGCUUGGUCUCUUGCGCCUUCUCGUCGGCCGGUCCACCGAAGUCGGCUCCCGCACGUUCGUCCACGCCGCCUCGGCCGGCCCGGCCAGCCACGGCCAGUUCAUGUCCGACGGCCAGAACCAGGACGUCGAGAGCUGGAUCUACUCGGACACAGGGCGCCAGGUGCAGAAGAAGGUGUUUGACCAGACCCUCAAAGUGCUGGAGACGAGGAGGCCGGGUUUGGCUGAGAGUGUUGGUUUGACUGUUCGGGUGUGA